AUGACUGAUGGUCCUUUUGUCAGGAAUCUGCAGAUGGAGUACGUGGACCUAUACCUGAUUCACCACCCGGUGAGCAUGGAGCCGCCCGACGAGGCUCAAGAAGGAGAAGGCCCGGUGGUGGUGGAGAAGAAAGGCCUGGCGGCCUUGGACAUGAAGGGAGUUUGGGUGCAGGUGUGCAUUAGGUGGGUUUACGAGCAGGGUGACUGCAUGAUCGUCAAGAGCUUCAACCAGAGCAGGAUGCAAGAGAACCUUGACAUCUUCGACUGGGAGCUCACAAUGACCGCCGCAAGACUAGCGAGCUUCCAGAGUCCGGGGGCAACUACGAUUUCUUGGUCCAUGAAUCUGGGCCAUACAAAGCAUUAG